AUGGACAAAGAUCUCGCCAAUCUGUCGAUAUUCAUGAAUGACAAGAAACCAAUUACAAGUUGCCUCGAAAACAAUCUCACGUGGACACUGGACGGCCUUCACCGGCAAGUUGAUACUGCAGCAACUAUCCGAGGGGACUGGAUGCACAUGAAGGGAGACCCAGCCUUAACCUUUGGAGCCCCAAAAGAACAAGUUAUCAUCCUUAAUCGGAUUCUCAGAGCAGCAAGCGUUGCAAAGGAAAAGAUUGUUAGAGUAGUGUCGAAUUACCUGCUGACCAGUAAAUGGUAUGCCGCACAAGUUGACCCCGUCCGACUCUUGGAAUGGAGACAGGUUCAGCGGAAAACGGCGGAUAUUUCCGAAGUCAUUCCAAUGGCUAACGAGGAAACGAAACGCCUUUCCACACUCAUCAAGGAUGUCGAAAGCGAAUUACUGCAAGAGCAACAACAGGACAUCCACGCCUUGACACUACAAGUUCGAGAACUGGAAUCCAGAACAAACGCGACGAAAACAGAUGAAGAGGAAAAAUCCGAUACGAUGAACAACACGACAUCACCAAAAAGGCUACAAUUGACUGGCCUACAAGUACAAGUAAAAUGCAAAACACGGCACGCACAACAAGUUUCUCCUAAUCACGAACAAGUGAACGAUGAAUACUAUGACAAUGACGUUUACUACAAGACUCCGAAAAACAAUCAAGAACCAAGGUCAGAUCCUGAUUACUUCGAACAGAUGAUUGACGAGGUAAAGGAAUAUAGCGAAGACGAGCCGAUGGAUGAAGACCACGUACCUGCGUUACAAAACACUUCAAGCGAUGAGGAAGACGCGCGCGAUAACAACAAAGAAAUAGAUGACGAAAUGUGGAGACGCAAAAGAUUACGUGAAGACCUACUGCAGAUGGAACAAGUUCUUCGGAAUUUUACAUUCGGAAAAAUCGGAGAAUCCUCACGCGGUAUUAAAAGCUGGAUAAAAUGCGCCUUCUGCAACAGAGUCGGCCAACAUUUUUCUGACUCCUGCCCACAAUCAACAGAUGGCGAUAAACGGUACAAUAUUGUACGUUAUGGAGGACUCUGCAAGCACUGCCUUGAUCAAUGCCCACCUGACAAGUGCAAGUUCAAGCCGAGACGAUGUUGGUACUGUGAAAGAAUUAGAGGAACUAUCGCAGAGGACCUAAUGCCAGACGACGGAAGACAUCAUCGCGCCCUUUGCAAUGUACGCAACCAAACGCGAGGAACACCUCACGACGCAGGAUCGAGAAGCUCAAGAAAAAGCUCGACGGAUGAGGACCAAUGGUGGGCGGGAGUGUCGACAAGUCGACUACACUUGAUUUGUAUUAUAGAUAGGGGCAUUAUUUUGCUCUAG